UCCAAACUCCAUCGAGUUUCAUUUUUACAACACAUCAUGUUAAUGGUACCCAAAAACUCAUAUUUCAUUUUUGUCUUGGUGAUCAUCCUAAAUUGUAUCACCCUUUGUGUGUCUCAAGAUAUUCUAUCCCCUAUAAUAUGCGAUGGUAACGCGAAUUUCACUAUAAAUAGUACGUACCAAAAUAAUCUUGAUGACGCUUUGUCGUCUUUGACGUCUGAUACCAGCAUCAGAUACGGGUUCUACAACCGGUCUGUUGGUCAAACCCCUGAUCAAGCCAAUGUGAUCGCGCUAUGUAGAGGUGACGUUGAGCCAGCUGACUGUCGGGGGUGCAUAAAUGAAGCUAGUUCAAGAAUACGAGAUACUUGCCCAAACCAAAAGGGUGCAGUUGGUUGGUAUAUUGAUACAUGUAUGUUAAGGUACUGUAAUGUGACCAUUUUGGGAACUAAUCCAGACACUAGUCGUAUACGCGAAUUGAUUAACAUUAGUAACGCGACCAACGUGGACCAGUUUAACCAAGCGCUCAACCAGCUGUUGGAUCAACUUAGAACUGAAGCUUCAAGUGGUGGAUCACUUCGUAAAUACGCAACAAACAGCACGAACGGACCUGGGACGACAAGGAUCUUUGGGUACAUGCAGUGUACACCGGACUUAUCAGAAAAUCAGUGUUAUAGUUGCUUGGAUAGUGCAGCUGAUGAAGUUUCGAGAUCAUCAGGUUGCGACUCGAGACCAACUGAACCAACAGCUGAUGCUAUUGAUAAAGGUCGCCGUGGAGCAAGGGUUUAUUAUCCUAGUUGCACUGUUAGAUAUGAAAGUUCAAGGUUUCUUAAUGAUACGGUAGAUCUUGCACCACCAUCCCCGCCGCCAACACAGUCAUCCCCACCACCACCACCACCACCACCAUCACCUUCAGGCAGCAGUAGUAACACUACAAUUGUUGUAGUCAUCGCUGUCGUUGCAACACUAAGUCUUGUGAUACUUGUGGUGUUUUUCGUUUGUGUGUUCAUGAGAAGAAAAAGAAAGCAUGAAGCACGUCAACCGGACAGCUUAGUUUACGAGGAAGGAGAUGCCAACGAAAUUAGUACAGCUGAAUCGUUGCAAUAUAGCUUCGGUAUAAUCAAAGCAGCAACAAAUGAUUUCUCAGAGAACAAUAAGCUCGGUCAAGGUGGUUUUGGUUUGGUUUAUAAGGGUAAGUUACAAAACGGACAAGAAAUAGCAGUGAAGAGGUUGUCGAGGGAUUCAGGGCAAGGGGAACAAGAAUUCAAGAAUGAGGUUUUGUUACUUGCGAGGCUGCAACACAGGAACUUGGUUCGGCUUCUAGGAUUUAGCCUACAAGGGUCCGAACGACUUUUGAUGUAUGAGUUUGUACAAAAUGCAAGUCUAGAUAAAUUUAUAUUCGAUCCAACAAAGCGUGUGGUUCUUGAUUGGGAAAGAAGAUACAAAAUUUUAGGAGGUGUUGCGAAGGGCCUUUUGUAUCUACACGAGGAUUCACGACUAAAGAUAAUUCAUCGAGACCUAAAAGCUAGUAACAUUUUGUUGGAUUCCCAGAUGAUUCCGAAAAUCGCAGAUUUUGGUAUGGCAAGGUUGUUCACACCCGAAGAAACCCAAGCUAACACUAGUCGAAUCGUUGGAACAUAUGGAUACAUGGCACCUGAGUACGCAAUGCACGGUCAAUUUUCAGUAAAAUCAGACGUGUUCAGUUUUGGUGUAUUGGUACUUGAAAUUGUAACUGGGCAGAAGAACCACACUUUCCAGAACGGGGUGGUGAUUGAAGAUCUUCUUAGUCAUGCAUGGAAAAGCUGGAGAGAUGGGACGGCCUCAAGUUUAAUCGAUCCUGUAUUGAGAGACGGAUCCAAUUCCCUACGUGAUAUGAUUCGAUGCAUCCACAUUGGUCUAUUAUGUGUUCAAGAAGAUUUAAAUGAGAGACCAACUAUGGCUUCAGUUGUUCUCAUGCUUAGUAGCUUAUCUCUAACCCUCCCGGUCCCUUCAGAGCCUGCCUUUUUUGUGCACACGAACACAAACACGAAUCCUGAAAACCCCUUGUUUGUAGAGUACACUUCAAGUACUAGUCAUCCUAAUCAAUUGAAAAGUAAAUCAAGAUCUUCACAACGGUCUGUAGCAAGUGAUAUUUCUAUAAACGACCUAACUCUCAAUAGAUGA